GGUUCAGAUUUGAAGCGAGCAGACAGAGCAGACAGCUUGUCGACUAAUAGCGGGGAUUCUACAACUGUAUCAACUUCUAAUGGAAGAGUGGUUAUCGUUGCCAUGACAGUUGACUUUGGUACGGAACAUGGUCCAUUGAUGAAUUUGUUCUUCUCUGCUGCAAAGCAUGGGAUCUGUGUUGACGUAGUUUCGCUAGUUGAGCCCAGCCCUCUUCUGCAACAAGCCGCUGAUAUAACGGGUGGAAUUUUUCUGCAAGUUGAGCGACCGUCUAAAGUUCUCUCCAGCAUGAUGAUGCAUCUUCUUGGUGAUCCAACAUCCCGGUCACUAUUCCAGCAGCCAACAUUGAAGGUAUCGUCUAAUGUAUUUUGUUUU